AUGCGCCGCGUCCUCCGGCUGCUCCUCGGCUGCUUCCUCACCGAGCUGUGCGUCCGCGUGUGCCGGGCACAGGAGCGAGCGGGGCACGGGCAGCUGGCACAACUGGGCGGCGUGCUGGUGCUGGCGGGCAGCAACCGCUCCGGGGCCACCUCCGGGGAGGCCGGCGAGGGCGCGGGGGUCUCGGACGCGCCCCCGACUCGGGCGCCCACGCCGGACUUCUGCCGGGGCUACUUCGAUGUCAUGGGCCAAUGGGACCCGCCGUUCAACUGCAGCUCGGGCGACUUCAUCUUCUGCUGCGGGACUUGUGGCUUCCGGUUCUGCUGCACGUUUAAGAAGCGGCGACUGAACCAAAGCACCUGCACCAACUACGACACGCCGCUCUGGCUCAACACCGGCAAGCCCCCUGCGCGCAAGGACGACCCCCUGCACGACCCCACCAAGGACAAGACCAACCUGAUCGUCUACAUCAUCUGCGGGGUGGUGGCCGUCAUGGUGCUCGUGGGCAUCUUCACCAAGCUGGGGCUGGAGAAGGCGCACCGGCCCCAAAGGGAGCACAUGUCCAGGGCCCUUGCGGAUGUCAUGCGGCCACAGGGCCACUGCAACACUGACCACAUGGAAAGAGACCUUAAUAUUGUUGUCCACGUCCAGCAUUAUGAGAACAUGGAUACGAUGACCCCCAUAAAUAACCUUCACACCACCCAGAUGAACAACGCGGUGCCGACUUCUCCUCUGCUCCAGCAGAUGGGCCACCCGCAUUCAUACCCCAACCUGGGCCAGAUCUCCAACCCCUAUGAACAGCAACCACCUGGCAAAGAACUCAACAAGUAUGCCUCCUUAAAGGCAGUCGGUAACUGUGAUGGGGACUGGGCAGUGGCGACACUGAAGUCACCCAAAGCCGACAAGGUCAAUGACGACUUCUACUCCAAGCGACGGCACCUGGCUGAGCUGGCUGCCAAGGGGAACCUACCCCUGCACCCCGUGAGAGUGGAGGAUGAGCCGCGGGCCUUCAGCCCCGAGCACGGGCCUGCCAAACAGAACGGACAGAAGUCCCGCACCAAUAAGAUGCCCCCACACCCCCUGGCCUACAACUCCACCACCACCAACUUCAAGGGCUGGGACCCCAACGAGCAGUCCCUCCGGCGGCAGGCUUACGGCAACAAGGGCAAGCUGGGCACGGCCGAGUCAGGCUCCAGCGACCCCUUGGGAACUCGCAGUCAGCACUACCCACCCCCACAGCCAUACUUCAUCACCAACAGCAAAACAGAAGUGACUGUCUGA